AUGCCCUUCAGGACGGCUCACACGAAGCAGACGGCGCGCAAGUCGACGGGCGGCAAGGCCCCGCGCAAGCAGCUGGCCACCAAGGCGGCCCGCAAGAGCGCGCCGGCCACCGGCGGCGUCAAGAAGCCGCACCGCUACCGGCCCGGCACGGUGGCCCUGCGCGAGAUCCGCCGCUACCAGAAGUCCACCGAGCUGCUGAUCCGCAAGCUGCCGUUCCAGCGGCUGGUGCGCGAGAUCGCGCAGGACUUCAAGACCGACCUGCGCUUCCAGAGCUCGGCCGUGAUGGCGCUGCAGGAGGCGUGCGAGGCCUACCUGGUGGGGCUCUUCGAGGACACCAACCUGUGCGCCAUCCACGCCAAGCGCGUCACCGUCAUGCCCAAGGACAUCCAGCUGGCGCGCCGCAUCCGUAGGGAGCGGGCCUAAGUUCCUUCAGCCAGUGAAAACUUUAAUGCCCAAAGGCUCUUUUCAGAGCCAGUUACCUUUUCUAUGAGAUAGUGCUUUGUUCUUGUUCUCGUAAAUUGUGAAAGAUCCUGGAGAAACCAAGUGUUACAAGUCCUUGCAUAAGCUUAAUUGUGUGGCUCUGAAAAGAGCCUUUAGGUAUUCUCAGUUAGCCAAACUUCUGAGUUCCUGCCGGCCCCUUCUUGGGCUUGGCCGCCUUGGGCUUCGGGGCCUUGACCUUGGCGGGGCUCUUGGCAGCUUUCACCUUCCUCGGGCUCUUGGCCACUUUCUUGGCCGCCGCCGCCGCGGGCUUCUUCGCCUUCUUCGGGGUCUUCUUGGCGCUCUUCUUGGGGGUGCUGGCCCCCGUCGCCUUCUUGGCUUUCUUGGCCGCCCCGGCAGCCUUCUUGGGCUUGGCCGCGCCCGCCUUCUUGGCUUUGGGCUUGGCCUCCCCGGACGCCGCCUUCUUGUUGAGCUUGAACGAGCCCGAGGCGCCGGUGCCCUUGGUCUGCACCAGGGUGCCCUUGCUCACCAGGCUCUUGAGGCCCAGCUUGAUGCGGCUGUUGUUCUUCUCCACGUCGUAGCCGGCGGCCGCCAGCGCCUUCUUGAGCGCGGCCAGGGACACGCCGCUGCGCUCCUUGGAGGCGGCCACGGCCUUGGUGAUGAGCUCGGACACCGGCGGCC